UAAGACGGUUUCUAGCAGCAGCGAUGUCCUCUCAAACGGUUUGCCCUCAGGGGCAAAAGGUGCUGAGGCCUCCCCGGCGGAGUUCCAACUGCCUCUCUGAUCUGUACCAGAACGUGGUCCAGGGAGAAGGAACCCAGUUUGUGGGGAAAAAGAAGAGCCAACCCCUGCAUAGCAGCAGCAGCGCCAGCCAAUUGACUUCCUUUCUUCACAAGAAAGCGGAGUGUAGAGUUCCUCAGAGCACCACGGUUACAAACUGUGACCCGCAUCUCCGGCCCAUCAUGCGGCGCCGGGCCAGGUCCUUGCCCAGUUCCCCAGAGAGAAAGCGCAGCGGGGUGGCUCCCUGUCGUGUUCCGGGGUGCAAAACCCGCAAGAACCGCGUCCGGUUUGCUGACGCUUUGGGCCUGGAGCUGACGGAAGUGAAAGUCUUCCAAGCCGGGGAAGACCCCUCCAUCCCGCUUCAUGUUCUUUCCCGGCUGUCCAUUAAUUCGGAUCUCUGUUGCAGCAGGCUGGACCUGGAAUUCACCAUGCAAUGCCUGGUACCCGACUUCCAGCAGCCGGGAGAUUGUGAAGACUUCCUCAGCCGCCUGCAACAGCAGCAGGUGUGCUUGGAACGGGUGUCCAGUUCAGACCUGGGCCUGAAUGGCACAAUCAGAGUGAUCAAUUUAUCCUUCGAGAAGCAGGUGGCCGUGCGUUACACUUUCAAUCACUGGAAGAGCCAGCAUGAAAUAAACGCUCAGUGGCACAGCAGUGUUGCUGGUCAGGAUGGUGAGACCCAAGUGGACAUUUUCACUUUCUUCCUUCCUAUGCCCCCCUUCCUUCUUCAGCUUAGCUCCGUAAUUGAGUUUGCCGUCUUAUACCGAGCCAACGGACAGGAACACUGGGAUAACAAUCAGGAGAAGAAUUACACCCUCACUUGUAGGAACCAUCCGCUUAAGAUGCCCAGAGAAUGUGAAGAGAGCUGGAUUCAUUUCAUCUAAAAGCAAAACAAAAAGAAGGGCUCUGUGUUCGCUUGACCGUUUUUCUUUGCACUGAGGCACCAAAGAAACUCUUCGAGGUGGCAAAGACCCUUCAGAAUAAAAGAAUAACAAGUGAUCUCCGCAAAAGCUAUUUUGAGAAGCCGUUGUUUUUCUGAAGAAGAUAAGAAUGAAAGGGGCCUUAAUUUGCAGUGAUUUGCACUAAAUUCACUUGAAAUGUGUUGAAAUCAUAGCCAAAAUGUGCAGAAGGAAGCUAAUGUAUUUUAUUCCUUUGAUCAAUUCUUAGAAUGUUCUGAUUAUGCAGUAUUUUAAAGCAUACAGUCCUUGAUGCUCUGUAGUUUUGCACUUCACUUUUUGCACUUUUUACAAAACUCUCUUUGGUGGAACAUAAGCAUAUUUCUGUUAAUUUCUAGUAGGAAAAAUGUUACACUUUUCUGCACUGGUGAAAUGCUGCAGGGCUGGGGUGGGGAGGGAGGCAAAAUGGAACUAUUUAAAUAAAAAUGAAAAUUUACUAAA